ACGACAACAAUUGAGAAUCAGGAAUGAAUAUUCAAUUCCGAGCGAUGUGAUUUCCAGUGAUUCAUGAGUAAUAUCAUUCAAGCGCGUUUUCCUUGUACUUACGUUGCUUGAAUAUUUGUCGACGAUGGCAGACCUUCAAGGAAAUCCUGGCCCAGGGUCGGACUUGUAUUUGAAUGUCACUGCCUAAUAAGCCCAAAAAUCUUACGGGCUGGCCAUUGGUUGAUUGGACUGGGCCAUCUCUCGCUCGCUCGCUCGUUCUCUCUCUCUCUCUCCGGUAAAACAGAGAUGCAUUAAUAAUCUCUCCCUCUCUCUCUCUGAAAGGUGUGCAUCGAAGUGUUGUGGUAAAAAUACUCUUGGGCGUAUACGUUCAACAAGCUGCGUAGAAAUGGAAGGACUUAGAAAGCUCGAAGAAGUACAGAGGACUAUACUACUGAUGCAAUCGGAAGGGUUUAUGUCUUGUUCUAACAACAGCAGCAACGAUCCCGACUCCGAUCGCUUCCUCUCCAAUUUCAUCCUCCUUUUGAUACAACCAUGUGGUGGACUUGAUGUGGAGAAGAAGUGCCAAUUGAUAUACGCGAACUUGCCCAAAAUAUCGGCUGUGUUUGCUGAAGAAGCUAUGCCCUGCCUUAAUGAGGAAGGAAAUUGUGAGAACAAAUCGGAUUUUGGUGCAUUGCAGACUGAUUAUGAAGACAUGGCUAUGGUUGGGCUGGGAGCAAUGCAAGAUGCAAACUCUACACUAGAAGAUUUCUGCAGAUCAUAUUUUAUGUUCCACGACAUGGAUGUUAAUAAACCACAAUCAAUCUUUAGAUAUUUACCAAUGCUCUCAUUCACAGAAAGCUACAUUUAUCAGUUGGAUCGGUUAAAUGAGAAACUAGUCAAAUUACCAACCGAAGGAGUUAAAGGUUUAGAACAAGGGUUUCAUGGAGCUAAUCAGAGCCGGGUUAUUAAGUUCAUAGAACUGUUCAAAACCAACCCAUUAAAACCUCUUAUUCUUCUACUUGAGCAUCAUGGACUUUUCACUGAGCGGAUAAGAGAAGAGUUUAGGUGCGGAGAAGAAUACUGGAGACUAGAAAGAAAGCUCUGUGGUGCGUUAACAAGCAACAAGAAGAUUGAAGUUGAAGAUGUGAUGAGGGCGGUUCAUCUGAAAUCAUUUGAUUAUCGGGUGCUGAAUCUUCUUUUGUACCAGUUACGAAGUGUAAAGGUUGAUGAAGUGCACAUGGAAUUCUUAUCAGUCUCAGAGUUCCUUGUGGAGCUGUCUGAUGAUUUGUUUGAUUAUGAGGAUGAUGUUUUGGAGAAUAAUUUUAAUGUUCUGCGAAUGUUUGUUAGAAUUCAUGGAGCUUCAGAAGCGCCAACUAUGCUGGCAAAAUGCAUUAGUGAUGCUGAAAAGAAGUAUGAUCGUUUAUUAAAAGCUUUGGAUCCCAAUCUCUCCUCAAAUUAUCAGGAAAGAUGUGAAGAAGCCACUAAAGAAGGAGGGAAGACAUCAGGACCUUCUCUUGGCACAUGGAGCAUACCUCCAGUAAUUGAAGACGAGGAUUUCUAUCGGUCGAAAACCCUAAAUUCCAAUUGACCAGGCUUACACUUACUACUCCCAGCAGUUCUGCAACCAAAUGGAUAAGAGCAUUAUGAUUGCUGCUCUUUAAACCAGAACUGGAGUUCUUCAUUUUCAAGUGUGCCAUAUUUUUUGUCAAGUAGUUGAGAAGACUACUUCGGUACUUUGGUUUGGAAGAGAAAUUUAUAAACUGGUCCGACGAUGAUCCUUAAUUGUUUUGAGCCUUUGUUGGAUUAUGUUGAGCGCAUUGAAUAUCAUAAAAUAGCAUUGGGGUAAUGGAUGAUUUGUCUGGUCGUUAACUUUAA